UACAGUGGUCGGCGUCGGAGUGUUUAUAAUAGUACGUUGUAGUAUGCACGCCACUUUACAAUAUUAUACACAUCGUUUUACCUACUAAUACGUCUUAAAUGUUUCCAUUCUGUUUGAAAAUUAAGAAAAGAAUUAGUCUGGAUUUUAUAUUAUAAUAAUUAUCGUAUCGUUUACUGUCGUUAUAAGAGCCUAUGUACGCCUUUUCACAAACCGUUAAUUUUUUUUUUUUUUAUUCACUAGGUACUCACAGUUAUAAUAUUCAUGUAAUAUAACAUAAUCUUAAACAUUUCACAAACACUAAAACAGGUACCUACAAUAAAAUAUAGACUACAAUGUACACUUCAAAAAACGAAGAAUUUACAAUAUUUCAUCUAGAUUAUAAUUUAUCUACAUUAUUUGAACAAGUGGAAUAUUUUUAUCAAUGGAGUGAAUCAAUGAGCGAUACUAGAACAAGAGGAUGGUGGAUGGUAAAUUCAAUUUUUACUACAUUUACCAUAACCCUUUGUUAUUUUUUAAUAGUAUGGCUGACUCCACGAUUCAUGAAAAAUCGCACUGCAUACAGUUUAAAAAAUGUUCUAAUAAUUUACAAUAUUGUGAUGAUAAUAACAAAUUUAUUUAUUAUAAUAGAAUUGAUAUUGAUGACUACUAAAUUAAACUAUAGUUGGACGUGUCAGCCGAUAAUUUACGUCAAUGCAGCAGCUGAGCUUAGGAUAGCAACAGCAGUAUGGUUGUAUUAUAUAAUUAAAUUUUUUGAACUAUUGGACACCAUAUUUUUGAUGCUUCGGAAAAAAGAUAAUCAACUGUCAUUUCUUCACGUUUACCAUCAUUCAACAAUGUUCAUAUUCUCAUGGAUGGGUACAAAAUAUGUACCAGGCGGUUCAGCAUUUUUACCAAUUUUAAUAAACAGUGCUGUACAUGUCAUAAUGUAUUUUUACUAUACAUUAGCUGCAAUACAAUGCUCAAAAAUUAUUAAAUACAAAAAAUAUGUUACAACUAUUCAAUUGGCUCAGUUUUUAUUUGCUUUACCAUUAGGCAUAAAUGCCAUUCACAGUGGAUGUAAUUGGCCAUUAUGGAUGAAAUAUUUAUUUGUCUUUUACAUUAUUACAAUGUUAGUUUUAUUUGGAGAUUUUUAUAAGAAAAACUAUAUUAAAAAAGUAAACAAAAAUGAAAAUGAAGUUGGACAAUGUUUAAAUAAAUUGUGAUUAUUCAAGUAAUACAUUAAAUUAUGGCUAAGAAAUAAUUAUCUUAUAGAAAUUAUGUAUACAAUGAAUUAGAAGUGACAUUACAAUAAUUUACUACCUAGGUGUAACAACUAUUUUUCAAUCAUGUGAUAUUUAAAUAUUUUUGUAGUUGAAAGGAAAAUUUUAUCUACGUAGUACUAUUUAUAUUACACUAAAUAGUACUGAAUUGUUAUAUUCUUUCAUUUAUUAACACUUAAUACCUAAUUAUAUGAUAUUAUUUGAUUUUAUUAAAUCAUUACAAGUUUUUAUUGUAUAAAAUAUAAAUAUUUUUUAAACUAUGAUAUUAGGUUGUUAGAGUAUACAACUAUUUUGCACUUUAUUAUGUGUUGUAACUACUUUUACUUAUUCAUUUUGUUAUUAGAUAUCUAACAAAUAACAAUAAAAUUGUUGUAAAAUAUUUACCAUAUGGAUUUUACUCAGUAGUAACCAUGGAACACCUAUCUGUCAUUAUCACCAAAUUUUAUCAACUAUAUAAUUGUUGUAUACAGCAGUGUUUCUUAAACUGUGUUCAGUAGAUAUCAUUUAAGGGUUCUGUGUGUAGUUCAUACUGCUUUUGAAAAUAAUUUGUAUAGGGGUUUCGCAUAAAAGAAAUAUUAUUUGGUGUUCCGUGAUCUAAAAAAGUUUAAGAAACACUGGUGUACAGUAUAUGUGCCCCUGACCUUAAGUCAGCUAAAGGGUACGGUUCACUAAAAUAAAACAGUUAAAUAUAAUUAUAAAUAAAAAUGUUAAAUUAU